AGCUCAGUUCCGAACACGACACGAGCGAUGCUGGAGUGUCGUUUUGUUUUGCCUCUGGCAUUGUUGCUGACGAUCAGUUUGCUAUCAGCUGAAGCGAUUCAGCACUGUGGCAUGCGUAAGGUGAAACGUGUGAAUUUAAUUCUUGGUGGACGGAAUGCAACGGCCGGUAAAUGGCCCUGGCACGCAACGCUAAUGCAUCGGACGGGAGACGCAAAAAAGCUCGCUUGUGGAGGAAACGUCAUCGAUAAGCAUACAAUUUUAACCGCGGCUCAUUGUUUGUACGAUCGGCAUAAAUUGAUCGCGCUAGAUCGCUUGGUGGUAAUUUUGGGACGGACUGAGCUGUCCGUUGAAGAACCGUGGAGUCACUCCUAUGUGCCGGAGCGCCUCAUCCUACACCCAGGCUACAAGCAGGCCAACGUGAAGGACGACAUUGCGAUGGUAAAGCUAGCGAGCGAGAUCACGAUGAGUGACUACAUCUUCCCGGUAUGCCUGUGGCCGCGGGGUCUCGGUCACGAGGACAUCACCGGUCGCAAAGGGUUUGUGGUUGGGUACGGAUUGAACGAUGCCGGUAGCACAUCGAACCACCUGCUAGAUGUGGAGGUGCCCGUCGUCGAUCGCUGGACCUGUUUGGAGAGCAACCGAGGUACGCUCAGUUCCCAGCUGGCCUCGACGAUGCUGUGUGCCGGGGCACGGGACGGUGUGGGCCCCUGUAAUGGUGAUAGUGGCGGUGGAAUGUUCUUCAGGGCAGGUAAUGAGUGGCAUAUUCGAGGCAUUGUCUCUUUCGCUCCCAAUCUGGACGGUACCGACAAGUGUGAUCCAAAGCAGUACGCGAUCUACACGGACGUGGCCAAGUAUUUGGAUUGGAUUGCGAACGAACUGGGCAAUGUGACGCAAGGCACCACAUCCGAAAGUAUGGCAAAUUCGACCGAUUUUCGAGAGGGUCAGACGUGGCUCACGGUCAAUCGGGACGGAUGUGGCUUGGAAGCACCCGUGUACACGAAUUUACGACACAGCGCCAGUGCUUUUGUUGCACCUUGGGUGGCGAAAAUCGAAUACGUAGGUGAAGAACGGGCGGGGCGUGACAAUGAGUGUCAAGCAUAUCUGAUUACCGAAUGGCAUCUCCUAACACUAGCCUCAUGCGUUGCAGACGUGGAUCAGAACGAGCAGGAACUCUACGUGCGGUUGGGUAAAUUUAGCAUUCCAGGCUUACCCAAACCCCAGAUCCGGUACGUGGAGCAGAUCAUUAUUCACGAGCGGUUCAAAAAAUCCAACAAUGCCAACGAUGUGGCGCUGCUGAAGCUGCGUAAAAAAGCAAACGUUGACGAGGGAUUCGUAAACUCGAUCUGUUUGGCACCGGCAAUGUUUGAGGGGAAUGAUUGGAUUACGUAUGAACUGGAAGGAAAAAAUAAGAAUACUACACGCUCAGCUUAUUCCAUUUUAACACGGUUCGAUACAGAGGCUUGCAGAGAGGAGUAUGCGCAACUAGGGAGGUACCUACCGUCAGACGACAGUUUUGUAUGUUUCGGACAACUAUACCAAUACCAUCCUUUACCGUUGACGCAUAUCACUGUGCCGGGCCGUGUGACGAUAUAUUGGCGCGAAAAGAUAUACCUGUUGGGUUUAGUUUCCAGCUUUCUGCCCAUCCCUUCAACAGUGGGAGACCCUGAAACAAGCUUCCAAUACCUUACCGUUACAAAUGUAAGUUUCUACCGAAGUUGGAUAGAAGAUCAUAUUUUGUUUUGACGAA